AUGGUCUCAUACGUAUCUCUGCUGCUUCUUCUCUCUCCCCCUUCCUUCCUUCCGCAGCCAAUUUCGUUUGUUCAACUGCACUCUCGUGCUGUCGCCAUCGCGGACGCCUUGACAGGGGCGGAAGGCCUCGGAAGCCAACGCCCGGCGACCCCAACCUUCACUGUUGCCAUCCUUUGCGGGAAAUCCGACAUCGCCGAGAUCUGCGCCGUUCUAGCUGUGAUACUCGCUGGGGGAUGUUUCGUUCCCAUUGACGACAAGCUGCCUCUACCUCGUCUGUCCGAAGUUUUCAGAGACGCGCAGCCAGAUGCGAUAGUUACCACGCGGUCUUUUUUAGCCGGUGAAAGGGCGGCUGGUGGUAGCGGUAUCCCCGCUGUCAUCGAGCAGCAAGGGUGCCAAAUUCUCCACCUCGAGGACAGUGGAAAACCAAGCGAAUCCCGCGAGACGGUAGACACUUUUCGAGAGAGUAAGGCGCACGACGAGAACGGAGAGAGCGAGGAGAGUAUCGGGAAGCAUUCAUGUGGAAAAAGGGUUCCGAGGUCCUCAGCAUGUACGGCAUCUACCGCUGCUCGCCAUGCCAACGUCGUACCCGACGAUGAAGGCCCUGUUGCGGACAAAGGGAAUUCAAGCUUAGCAGGGCAAGCCUGUCCGGGCCCAUUGGAAAACGACACGAGACCAGGUGCAGCCAGUGAAAGCAAGGGAUUGGCUGACAGUGGCCUGUAUGACAGAAAGGAGCUCCACCCGUGCCCUGUGCCUUGCGAUGAAGAAGACUUGCUGUAUAUUUUGUACACUUCAGGGACCACUGGGCCUCAGAAGGGUGUUCGGGGCACUCGAUCUGGAGCCGUAAAUCGCAUCCUUUUCGGGUGGAGCUUGUGCCCUUUCCGUGGCGACGGAGAGCUGGUCUGCAGGCGGACUCCUUCUUGCUUCGUGGAUUUCGUGGCCGAGGUGUUUUGUCCACUCUUGGCUGGAGUUCCUUUGUUUCUCCCCACCCCCGGAGCUCACGCCGAUCCGCUGCUGCUGGUCCCCGCUUUGGCCGAAGUCAAGGCUACCCGUAUUACCUUGACGCCAUCGUUGCUUGCGUCGAUGCUUAGAACCACAAGUUCUGAUACCGAGACGUUGCUGCCGGACGUGCAUGUGAAAGUGCGUGGUGUCCGCGUUUCGCCCGAGGCGGUGGAAGUAGUGGCAUGCAGGGCUUCGGGGCUGCCCGUAGGAGCCUUUGCCGUGGUGUACGAUCAUGGGAUGGACACUGACGGCAGCGCGGGGGGUGAUUCCAGUGCGGUCACCAAGGCCGCAAUCGCUACAAGAUCUCCCGAUCGUGGACGGCUCUGGGGUUUCUUUGAGCCAAACGGUGUACAAGUGAACAACGAAGGGCUGGCGAAGCUGCGGCUCCAGCUAGCCGCGGUACUGACUACGGCACAACUACCAGCAGUUCUGGUACCUGUCGUCGGGAGGUUUCCUUUGACCACCAGUGGGAAGGUUGACAAGCGGGCGCUUUUGAGAGAACAUUGGAAACAAGUAGAGGCACUCGGCGGACGACCAGUCGCAAGCGCAGAAGGAGUAGAUGCAUAUCUGCCUUUCCCGACGGACGUCACAACCCAAAAAGUGGGAACCCUUGCUGCUGCCAGAGAGGCUGUCGCGCGGGCGAUAGUCAGUGUCCUCCCCGACGCUCGGGCUUCUAUCGCGUCCUGGUUAAUAAACCUCGAGGAAUCCGCCCCGGGGAGCUCUAACUGCUCGAAUAUGACGUUCGCAUCAACCCUUCACGAUAUUCUGGAAAAGGAAAGGCAUGCGGAAGAGACGAAAAAUUCUUCGGGGACGGCGAUAGGCCUUGCCGCUGCAGGAUUGGCAGCUACCGGCGCUGGACAACGCAAACCUCCCGUGCCUCCUGCCUGUCCUGGUUUGCUUUCGCCGGCGGUAGCGGAUGCCUCUGCGGCGGGGUUUCAGAGUACAUCUUCCCCAGGCCGAAAGAGGCAGCGGCUUGAUUUUGAAAAGCGUGACCAGACGACGCACUCACGCUCAUUUCUGGCGCUUGGUCGAGCUGCAUCGGGCUUGCCUAAAACCGUCGCCUGCCUGGGCGAAGUAGGCGAUCGAGUCGGCGAUGGAAGCGGGCUAAAAGGGGCAAAAGCGGACCUUGAGGUUCGUUGGUCUUCGUGCCUUACGAAAUGCAUUGACGCUACUCCGCUCGUGUUCCUCCCCAAAAGCGAGAGGGAAAUUGUCGGCCGAUCUAGGACGGGAGGUGUCGACAAUGCCGGCGGCAUGGUGGCCGAAGCACCCUCGCAAUUUGCCUCGCCCGAGAGCGUUGGUCCGUCAAGUUAUUGUCCAAGCGUUGUAGGCACCCAGCGUUUGGGAGGGCGGGUGAAAGAAGCUGGAAAAUCAACCACAUGCGGCGAUGCUAGAAUUUCCACCUCGCAUGUCUCGUCGGGGACCGUCUAUAUCGGGUCUCACUCGGGCGAGUUCCAGGCUCUGGAUCUCGAAACUGGUGAUCGUGAAUGGUUGUUCACUGCCGGGGGUCGCAUUGAGUCCGGGGCGGCCUGCUCCUGCGACGGGUCGACUAUUUUCGUUGGAUGUCACGAUGGGCGCCUGUAUGCAAUAGACCGUCGCAUGGGAGUUUUAUCGUGGUCGUUCGAGACGGGCGAUGCCAUCAAGUGCACCCCCAUUUGCAUGCCCGAAGCGCCAUCGUCGGAUCUCACCAACCGAGGGGCGAGGAAGGAGGGGGAGCUGGUCGACUGGGGCACCGUGGUGUUCGGAUCGCACGAUGGAGUUCUGCGGAGUCUGUGGGAGGCUGAUGGUGUACUCCGAUGGAACUUCGAUUGCGGUGGAGCUCUCUUUGCCUCUCCAGCGCACGAUGCGGAGGCUCGCGUUGUUUACGCUGCAACGACGAAAGGGCGAGUGGUUGCCCUCGACAACUCCGCGUUGGUGGCAUUCGCGGGAACCGAAGCAGCAGGUUCCGUCGAUCACAACCGCAAACUUACCGGUUCCUCAACAACACAACCCACUCUCCUCUGGGAUACGUACCUGCCGGCACCCGUCUUUUCUUCCCCUGCGGUGUGUAGUGCAAGUGGGACUGUUGUUCUUGGGUGCGUGGACGGGGGACUAUACUGCGUUUCCUCUGUCGGAGAGCAGGUGUGGGUUUGUCGCCGAGGGGACAAGCCCGUGUUCUCUUCGCCUUGCAUACUUCCACCCCCUUGCAAGGAGAUGGGCGGGGAUGUGAACAACGCAAGCGGAACGCGGGUCAUCUGGGGAUGCCACGAUGGGGUCGUGCGUUGUCGGAGCGGCGUUGACCUGGCUUGGGAAACAGAUGUUCGCCGAGGCCAGCCGGUGUUCUCUUCCCCAUGCUUUGCAGCAGUAGCCUGCGAAGGGUGCGCUCUCCUUUGCCCUCUCGUGCUUGCUUGCUCCGUACCAGGCUUGAUAUCUGCUCUUUCUCUAGCUGACGGAGAGGUACUCGGCGAAAUACAGUUGCCAGGAGAAAUAUUUUCGUCUGCCGUCGUUGCCGGGCCAUCUGUUGUCGUGGGGUGCCGAGACAAUCGCGUGUAUGUUCUAGACAUCCUGAUGACGUGUCCGAAAUGUGUCCAGACCAAGGCGGUUGCGACGGUUUGCUAAUUCUUCCUCUUGAUUGAGCUACUGCUGUUCGGGGGUGCGUGCAGCCGGCGGCGCCACGAUCUUAUUGCCUUUGCUGAUGAUGCUGCCCGUGAAAACAUGCUGGGGUUUACCAAAAACGCGACAUACUGCACGGCGUGCCAGUUCACUAAGCUAAGCUCAUGGUUGUGGCGUGCACAGCGCGGGCUCAUUCGGUGAUGUAUGGCCGAUGAGCGUCCGUGCGGCUGAAGCUGCCCCGCCUCUCAAUGAUUGACCACUUUUUGCGUGCCUCGCCACGGGAGAAUACUUUUCCGCUCGCGAUGGCUGACGUCCGCGACUCGGUUACACACUGUUUCUCCAUCAGAAAGCGAUAGUUCCGUGCGUAGCACUGAUGGACUUCUUUGC